GCUCCGGGGCUGCUGCUGCUGCUCCUGCUGCUGCUCGGACAGCUGGCUCCGGGCGCGCAGGCGGCGCGGGGCCGCAGCGGCGCCGAGAAGAACAGCUACCGGCGCACGGUCAGCACCUUCUCGCAGAGCCUCAGCAGCCUGUUCGGCGAGGACAACGUGCGCGUCGCACAGAAGUUCCUGAGCCGGCUGACUGAGCGGUUUGUGGUGGGAGUGGACAUGCUGAUGGACGUGUUGUGGAAGCUGUGGACAGAGCUCCUGGACGUUCUUGGCCUUGACGUCACGAAUCUGUCUCAGUACUUCAACCCGUCCUCGGUGGCCAGCAGCCCUGCCCGCGCCCUGCUGCUGGUUGGCGUGAUCCUCCUGGCCUACUGGUUCCUGUCGCUGACCCUGGGCUUCGCCUUCGGCGUGCUGCACAUGGUGUUUGGCCGCUUCUUCUGGGUGGUGCGUGUGGUGCUCUUCUCCAUGUCCUGCGUGUACGUCCUGCACAAGUACGAGGGGGAGCCUGAGAACGCCGUGCUGCCCCUGUGCUUCGUGGUGGCCGUGUACUUCAUGACGGGUCCCAUGGGCUUCUUCUACUGGCGGAGUAGCCCUGGGGGCCCCAGCGUGGAGGACAAGCUCGAGCACCUGGAGAACCAGGUCAGACUGCUCAACAUCCGGCUCAACAGGGUGCUGGAGACCCUCGACCGCUCGGGGGACAAGUGA